AUGAUUCCCAUCGUCUAUCGACUGCUGGCCCUCGGACUUGGUAGAGACAUCUGGACUCUCCAACCUUACAAGAUUACCGAAUUCCUCAAACUGGUUUUCACUACCCAAAUAUUCUACAUUACCGGCUUGGCCACUAUUAAAGCCUCUAUGUUGUUUUUCUAUCUUCGGGUAUUCCCGUCCCUUCCUUUCCGACGUCUCUUGUGGGCCACGCAAGGCUUCAACGCCUUGAUCUUCUUCUUAUACAUCAUUCUCACCUUCUCUCAAUGCCGUCCAUUGCAGAAAUAUUGGCUGGGUUGGUCUGGGGAUCAGCCGGGCGUUUGCAUGGAUUUCAACCUGCUGGUUCUGACACACGUCGGCUUCAACAUUGCUUUGGACAUCUGGAUGCUCAUCCUGCCGCUCACGCAACUGUACAAAUUGAAAUUGGGAUUGAAGAAGAAGGUUGGAGUGAUUAUGAUGUUUAGCGUGGGGUUUUUUCUCACUGCAGUCAGUGCCCUUAGAAUUCAGGUUGUGGCUCACUUUGCUACUACAAACAACAUCACAUGUAAGCAGCGUCUUCCCACUCAGGAUCGCGAUUAUAACUAA